AAAAACAUGAAAUCAUGUGAGUAAAAUGAGGUAGAAAAAUAAAACAUAUAAUAAAACAUUUCAAAUAAUAAUGAUAUAAAUUAUUACUAAUAAAAAGAGCUAAUAGAUUAAGAAAUAUAUAGGCAGUAGUAAGAAUUAUAAGAAAUUCUUUUCUAAUAAAAUAAUUCUAUACUAACUAGUAUCAGUAAAUUUAAAACUGAAUACUAAGAAUUGUAAAACGAUGUCAAUAUACGAAAUAAAGUUAAAAAACUUGAAUAGUUAUUAGCUAAAACAGAAGAUUCUAAUCAUUAAUAAGAAUAAAAUCAAAAAAGAAAGUUUUCUGGUUCAGAAAAAGAAAAUAGUUAAUUAAAUCUUUAGUAAAUUGAAUAACUCACAUUAAUUUCAACCACAAUAGUAAUAGCAAAAAUAAAUAUUACAAACCAAAACAAAUUUUGA